AUGAUUUUGCAUAAUUCCUUGAAGGUUCUCCUAGCCACUUUCAUUGCUCAACAUUAUUCACCCACUCUUGUAGUGAUUGACUGUGGCCCACUAGAGCCUCCAGCAAACGGAGUGGUACAGUUUGAAAGAACCGUAUUUGGCUCUGUUGCUCAGUACCAGUGUAACAGAGGAUUCAGGCUCCAGGGUAGUGAUGUACGGACUUGCCAGGCAAACUCCCAGUGGUCUGGAAGACAGCCCGUCUGCAUAGCCAUAGAGUGUCCUCAACUGAGAGAUAUCCCUGGAGGUUCAGUGAUUGUGAGAAGCAGGACAGUGGGCUCCACAGCCACCUACAGAUGCAACGCAGGCUACACCCUAGUUGGAAAUACACAGAGAACCUGUCGUGCAAAUGGACGGUGGUCUGGAGAAGAACCCAUUUGUGAAGGCAUUGAGUGUCCAGAGUUGAGUGCUCCAGCCAACGGGAGAGUGGAUGUGUCUGGACUGAGACCUGGAUCUCGGGCUCUCUAUUCCUGCAAUCCUGGAUACCGUCUCAGUGGGUCUGAGAGGAGAACAUGUCAGAACAGCGGACAAUGGAGCAACCGGGAACCCUCUUGCACUGCUAUCAUCUGUCCUGAUCUGGAAGACCCUGAAAACGGAGCUGUUAGGGUAUCAGGCAACACUCCGUCCUCUACCGCCACAUAUAUCUGUGACAGAGGCUUCACUCUAGAUGGUCCUCAGACCAGAACUUGUCAGUCCGAUGGACAAUGGAGCCAGCGUCCUCCAGUCUGCACAGCCAUUCAGUGCCCAAACCUGGGUCCUCCUGCAAAUGGGCAGGUGGACAUCUCCGGAUUGAGAGUUGGAUCUCAGGCCACUUACAGAUGCAACACUGGGUUCACUCUAGUUGGAAAUACACAGAGGACCUGUCGUGCAAAUGGACAGUGGUCUGGGGAAGAACCCAUUUGUGAA